GCUGAUUACGUCAUACACUGUUGACAACAUGACAGAAGUUUUCCAGCGAACACAAGCGAACUCUGUAACGUGUCAAGCUGUAAUUAAACAUGGUUUAGUUUUUCUAAUUUUACCCGUUACAUAAAUAACAUCUCGUUUGGUGCAGGAACAGGUUUCGGUCGACAAGACACUUUCAGUGUACUAACAUUUGCUAGCUAGCUACAGUGGUGGUUUCAGGCCCAGUCCCUUUCAGCGUGAAGCAGGCCUCGCGUGGCAAUGAUGCCCUCCCGGAGCAGUGCGGCCGCGGCGACGCCGCUGGGCAAAGUUAAAUAUUCCAGGGUGGCGGAUAACGAGGACGGUUACAUCGAUCUGCAGUUCAAGAGGAGCCCGCCCAAAGUUCCUUAUAAGGCCAUUGCCCUGGCUGCAUUCCUCUUCCUGAUUGGCUCUCUGCUGAUUAUUAUCGGAACCCUCCUCCUGACAGGGUACAUUCAAGUCUCGCACCCUGACCGCACCGUACCUGUCCUCAUCAUCGGAAUCCUCGUCUUCCUUCCUGGUUUCUACCACCUCCGGAUCGCCUACUAUGCCUCCAAGGGUUACCGUGGUUACUCCUAUGAGGACAUCCCGGAUUUUGACGAUUGAACCAACCGCAGACGAGUGUCUUUAUGCUCUUAGCCUAUCACAGAGGGAGGUCUUUGAUUGUUCCUCAUGUUAUGCUGCCAGUUGUACAAAAAGAAAAGAAAUUGCCCCGUACUCACAAUGCACCAAGUUAAACAACAGUCAUGCAUUUUUUUCUGCCACAGUAUUUCUACAACAGCAUUUUGAACCUGAGAUAAUUAGGACUUGUAUUUCACUCACCGGUGUGAAGUGUUUCAUCCAAAGUGAAAUAGGCUUUUCCUUUCAGUGAAAACUGCUAUAUCUAUUUUUUCCAUAUGGUUUACAAGUGUAUAGUUUUCAGCAUGUUUUGCUUAUUUAUUUUAUUAUAUUAUUCAUUUUUAUUCCGUAUUGAAUUAGUAACUUCAUAUUUUUCAUGUUUUUUUUUGUUAAUAGCUUUAACAAGACAAUUGUUUAUCUUAAUGGAAAAAUGUCUGGCUUUCAGAUUUUGAUUACUUGUCUGGAUUUUGUUAUACAUUUAUGUAUUGUAAAAGAAUCUAGUCUGAGCAACCAAAACCAAAAAAGAAACCUGAGUAUUGUAUUGUUGAUGGCGGGUCUUUUGACUGGAAUGGUGCAUGUUGAUUUGAUUGGUUCGGUGAUCGCUUUUCACACAUUCACACCAUGGAUAUUUAUACAAAAAUUCUUGAUCAGUCAAUCAUACUAUUGUUGUUUUGUAUUUCAGCAUCAGCAGCUGUAGCCUAUCAAGCUUGCUGAAACAACUGCAUGAGGGUUGAAAAAAAUCAGGAUAUGUUAGGCCUGGUACACCAAAAAAAAAAAAAAAAAGGCACCAAAUAAAGGUCCUUCGCAUGGCCCAUUCAUGAGUGAAAGAGACAGGCAGCCUGUCGCGAUUUGGGUUUAUUUCCGCGGAGUAAUGCAGUGAGUAGACAGGCUGCAUUAAUCUUCACCUGGUCAGGGGUUCGUAUAUAAAUCAAUGCGCAACAUUUGGUGUUGUAGUGAAUGAUUGCAAUUUUUGUUUAUUAAAAAGUAUUCAUAAAAACACUGAUGCACGUCAUGGUGAAUUUUAAGUUGAAGCAAAAAAGAAUAAAAGACAUUCUGGCCAAGACAGGUGUGUUUACCGCUGACUAAUGUAAUGUAUGGAACCUUCCUGUGCUGUAAGAUUUAUAAGAUGUGACAUUUAUAGAACGGAACCAAAAUUCAGACAGCUUUUUUGAGGUUAUGUGUGAAAAUUAGGCGGGUGUGUUUCUGAAACGGCAGUGGUAUCUCUUUUUGGGCAGGUGUUUGCAGGCACUUCCUGCAUGAAGACUGUUUUAUCGCAUGGGUUCAGUACCUAGUCCUAGGGAACCUACUGCGCAUGCUGGAACAGAGUUAAGGAUGUGGAAUUGGAUUAGUAGCCUGCUUCAUAUGCUGAUAUGCAAAUAAAAUGCAAAAGCGUCAAUGGCAACCAGAAGACCAAAUUAUUCAGCAGGCCUAUAUAUGCUAUGAGAUUAAACAGGCCAGCUGAAUAUUUACUUUAAAAAGGACAUCCGAUGCGAUGACGUACAGAUUCAGCUGGAGGCAUUCUCUGUGUAUUAGCGUUGUUUUAAAAUGGAGCACUUUGCAGUUUACACUGGUCUGUUGGGAGUGUUUAAGUGUGGGGCAAAGAGUGGAAGUAAAUAAAAAUUGAUUUACUGAA